AUGGCGAAAAGGCUCGAGGGGAAGGUCGCUCUCAUCACCGGCGGCGCCAGCGGCAUCGGCGAGGCCACCGCCAAGUUAUUCGCCCGUCACGGCGCCAAGGUCACCAUCGCUGACGUCCAGGACGACCUCGGCUCCGCCAUCGCCCGUGAUUUUCCCUCCAUUACCUACGUCCACUGCGACGUCACCCUCGAUUCUGAUGUGGCGGCCGCUGUUGACGGCGUGGUCGCCGCCCACGGCCGCCUCGACAUCAUGUUCUGCAAUGCCGGCAUCACCGUCCCGAUGCACCUCUCGUCAGUCCUCGACGCAGACCGGGCGCAGUUCGAGCGCGUGUUUGCCGUGAACGUGUACGGCGCAUUCCACGGUGCGAAGCACGCAGCGCGCGUGAUGAUCUCAGCGGGUCGAGGCAGCAUCGUGUUCACCUCGAGCGCGGUGGUCGCGACCGCCGUUGAGGCCCCCAUCCCGUACGCUGCCUCCAAGUACGCGGUGGUCGGGCUGGCGAACCAGCUAUGCCUGGAGCUUGGGAAGCACGGGAUACGCGUGAACUGCGUCUCACCGUUCCUGAUCGCGACGCCGAUGAUGGCGACGGGGAUGGGGGCGGUGGACGAGGGGAAAGCGUCAGGAUGGGUGGAUGCGGCGGCAAACCUCAAAGGGGCGACAGCAGGGGUGGAGGACAUAGCGGAGNNNNUGUAUUUGGGGAGCGAUGAGUCCAAGUACGUGAGCGGGAUGAAUCUAGUGGUGGAUGGUGGUUACAGCAAGGUCAACCCGAUGCUCAGCAUGGCCAUUAGAGGCGUUGGUCUCUAA